AUGUGUGCGCAGAAAGUGGUGCUGAAGAUCAUGACCAUGGCUGAUGAGAAGACAAAGAAAAAAGCUAUAGAGGCUGUUGCCGGUGUUUAUGGUGUUGAUUCAAUUUCAGCUGAUCUGAUGGAGCAGAAGAUGAUUAUAGUUGGAACUAUGGACAAAAUUGCAAUAGCCACAAGGCUUAAGAAGAUUGGAAAGAUAGACAUAAUAUCAGUUGGACCAGCUAAAGAGGAAAAGGAGAACUAG